AUGUCUGUCGUCGGAAUAGAUCUCGGUGCUCAGAGCACUAAGGUCGGUGUUGCCAGGAACAAGGGUAUCGACAUUAUCGCCAAUGAAGUUUCCAACAGACAAACUCCGUCUUUGGUCGGAUUCAACGCCCGCAGCAGAGCUCUUGGAGAGGCAGCUAAGACAGCAGAGACCUCGAACCUGAAGAACACGGUCGGCAACCUUAAGCGCCUUAUCGGUCGCUCUUUCAGCGACCCCGAUGUUCAGCUCGAACAGGAGUUCAACACCGCUACUAUCUGUGACGUCAAUGGCCAGGCCGGUGCUGAGGUCUCCUACCUGGGCAAGAAGGAGAAGUUCUCCGCUACCCAGCUGGUCGCCAUGUACCUGACCAAGAUCAGAGAUAUCACCUCCAAGGAGUUGAAACUCCCCGUUUCAGACGUCACAAUCAGCGUUCCCGCUUGGUUCACAGAUGUUCAGCGUCGUGCCAUGAUCGAUGCUGGUGAGAUUGCCGGUCUCCAGGUGUUGCGACUCAUCAACGACACCACUGCCACCGCUCUCGGAUAUGGUAUCACCAAGCUCGACCUCCCCGGCCCCGAGGAGAAGCCCCGUCGGAUCAUGUUCGUCGACAUCGGCCACAGUGACUACACUGCCUCGGUUGUUGAGUUCAGAAAGGGUGAGCUCAACGUCAAGGCCACUGCCUAUGACCGUCACUUCGGUGGUCGUAACUUCGACCAUGCUCUGACCGAGCACUUUGCCGAAGAGUUCAAGAAGCAAUUCAAGAUCGAUGUCCGCACAAACCCUAAGGCUUGGGCCCGUACCCUCGCCGCUGCCGAGAAGAUGAAGAAGGUCCUGUCGGCCAACCCUGCUGCUCCCAUGAACAUCGAGUCCCUGAUGGACGACGUUGAUGUUCGUUCCAUCGUCAAGCGUGAGGAAUUGGAGGUCAUGAUCAAGCCUCUGAUGGACCGCGUCACCGUUCCUUUGGAACAGGCCCUCGCUGAGGCCAAGCUUAAGCCCGAAGACAUCGACCACGUCGAGAUGGUUGGUGGCUGCACUCGUGUGCCCGCCAUCAAGGACGCCAUCAGCAAGUUCUUUGGCAAGACCCUUUCGUUCACUCUUAACCAGGAUGAGGCUAUUGCUCGCGGUUGUGCCUUCAGCUGCGCCAUUCUCUCUCCCGUCUUCCGUGUCCGUGACUUCUCCGUGCACGACAUUGUGAACUACCCCAUCGAGUUCACCUGGGAGCAGUCGUCCGACAUCCCUGACGAAGACACCAGCUUGACUGUCUUCAACCGUGGCAAUGUCAUGCCCUCUACCAAGAUCCUCACCUUCUACCGGAAGCAGCCUUUCGACCUCGAGGCUCGCUAUGCCAAGCCUGAUAUGCUUCCCGGAAAGAUCAACCCCUGGGUUGGCCGAUUCUCUGUUAAGGGUGUCAAGGCUGAUUCCAACGAUGACUUCAUGAUCUGCAAGCUUAAGGCCCGUCUCAACUUGCACGGUAUCCUGAACGUUGAGUCCGGAUACUACGUUGAGGACAUGGAAGUCGAGGAGCCCGUUCCCGAGGAGGGCGAGAAGAAGGACGGUGAGGCUAUGGACACCGAUGCUGCCAACGGCGAUGAACAGCCCAAGAAGACCCGCAAGGUCAAGAAGCAGGUCCGCAAGGGUGACCUGCCCAUCUCUAGUGGCACCACCGCCCAUGACCAGCCCCUCAAGGAAGCUUGGACUGAGCGUGAGAAUGCCAUGUACAUGGAAGACAAGCUCAUUGCGGAGACCGACGAGAAGAAGAACGAGCUUGAGGCCUCGAUCUACGAACUCCGUGACAAGAUUGACGGUGUUUACGCCGAAUUCGCCAGUGACGACGAGAAGGACAAGCUGCGCGCCAAGCUGACCGACCUCGAGGAUUGGCUCUACGAGGAUGGUGAAGACACCACCAAGUCCGUCUACGUGUCGAAGAUGGACGAGAUCCGGUUUAUUUCCGGCCCCAUCAUCCAGCGCCACAAGGACAAGGUUGAGAACGAGCGCCUGGCUAAGGAGGAAGAGGUCGCUAAGCAAUUUGCCGAGAAUGAGGCCAAGCGCAAGGCCGAAGAAGAGGCCAAGAAGGCUGAGGAGGAUGCUAAGACCCAGGCCGAUGCAGAGAUGAAGGAUGCCCCGGCCGAGGGUGAGGCUCCCGCUGAGGAGAAGCAGUAA